UUUAUGGAUUGGUUGGCUGGUUCCACACAUGUUGUUCGCUACCUUUCCCACAACUCGGCGAUGACUCAAAAUCACUUCGGCUGCGUUCUGUCGAAUUCCCUGCAUCUCCCCUGCAUCUUCCCUGAGGUCAACCGCAGUUUUAGUUUAUUUGUUUCCUUUGCAAACUAGAAAAGUGUAUAGUAUUUAUGGUGCAGUUGUUGUUAGGUAACGUUAGCAAGCCAGUCACAAUUGUUUUCCAGUUUGGGAAAGGUGACUAAGCUAGCUAGCGCUAACUUAGCUAUCUAAGGACUCGCGGAGGAAGCGUUAAGACGGAGCCGUUUUUAUCCAUUUGUGUUUUAAUCUAAAAAGAUGAAGGUAACGGUGGAUUUUGAAGAAUGUCUUAAGGACUCGCCCCGGUUCCGGGCCACCAUAGAGGAAGUAGAGGGAGAUGUGGGUGAGUUGGAGUCCAAGCUGGACAAGCUGGUGAAGUUGUGCAUUGGGAUGAUUGACGCGGGGAAGGCCUACAACACGGCCAAUAAGCAGUUUGUGGGCGGGAUCCGGGAGCUGGCCCAGCAGUCUGCCAGUGAUGAGGUCAUCGAGAGCAGUCUGACCAGGUUUGCUGAAAGCCUGCAGGAGAUGAUCAACUACCACACGAUCCUGUUCGACCAAGCCCAGAGAUCCAUCAAGUCGCAGCUGCAGACGUUUGUGAAAGAGGACCUGCGGCGGUUCAAGGAGGCGAAGAAGCAGUUCGACAAGGUGAGCGAGGAGAAGGAGGCGGCGCUGGCGAAGAACGCCCAGGCGCCCCGCAACAAGCUGCACGAGGUGGAGGAGGCGUCCACCAUCCUGACCGCCACGCGCACCUGCUUCCGCCACAUCGUCCUGGACUACGUCCUGCAGAUCAACGUACUGCAGUCCAAGAGAAGAUCCGAGAUCCUCAAAUCGAUGCUGUCCUUCAUGUACGCCCACCUGACCUUCUUCCACCAGGGCUAUGACCUCUUCAGCGAGCUGCAGCCACUCAUGAAGCAGCUGGGUGGACAGCUGGACCAGCUGAUGGUGGUCGCAGACAAGGAGAAGAAGGACAUGGAACAGAAGCACUCCACCAUCCAGCAAAAGGACUUCUCGAAUGAGGACACCAAACUGGAGUACAAUGUGGAUGCAGAAAAUGGAAUUGUCAUGGAGGGAUACCUGUUCAAGAGGGCCAGUAACGCCUUCAAAACGUGGAACAGGCGCUGGUUCUCCAUUCAGAACAACCAGCUAGUUUACCAGAAGAAGUUCAAGGAUAACCCCACGGUGGUGGUGGAGGACCUGCGGCUGUGCACGGUGAAGCACUGUGAGGACAUCGAGCGUCGCUUCUGCUUCGAGGUCGUGUCCCCGACCAAGAGCUGCAUGCUACAGGCGGACUCUGAGAAGCUGAGGCAGGCCUGGAUCAAGGCGGUGCAGACCAGCAUCGCCACGGCGUUCCGUGAGAAGGGCGAGGAAGCAGAGAAGGUGGACAGGAAGUCGCCGGCGUCCACAGGAAGUGUGGACUCGGAGUCGAAGGAGCGCUGCGCGCGGGGCGAGGGGGCGCUGCAGCGGGUUCUGGCCGUCCCGGGGAACACCGUCUGCUGCGACUGCGGCCGCCCGGACCCCAGCUGGGCCAGCAUCAACCUGGGCAUCACACUCUGCAUCGAGUGCUCCGGCAUACACAGGAGUCUGGGUGUGCACUUCUCCAAGGUGAGGUCCCUGACCCUCGACACCUUGGAGCCUGAGCUGCUGAAGCUGAUGUGUGAGCUGGGUAAUGGAGUCAUAAACCAGAUCUAUGAGGCCCGGCAGGAGGAGAUGAGAGUCAGGAAGCCACAGCCCGGAGACCCCAGACAGGAAAUCGAGGCGUACAUCCGAGCGAAGUAUGUCGACAGGAGAUUCGCCCAAAUUCCGUCGCCCUCCCAGCAGAGGUCGAAGGUCAUCGCCCUGAGCCAGCAGGAGAAGCGCUUGAGCUGCAGCUCGGAGCAGCUGUCCUCCAGACCGGCCCCCGACACGCCCAAACCCCACUCCUCCUCCGACCCCGCAGCAGCAGCCGGCGGCCGCCCCCGUCGGGAGUCUCUGUUCUGUGCCGACGAGCUCUCCUCCCUCUUCUCCUACUUUGACGCCUCCUCCAGGCUACGGAGCAUAAAGGUGAAGAGUGCAGACAGCGGGAUCCAGAACAGCGCAGACGGGGGCCGGGGGCAGCUGGAGACAGAACCCUGCAGCAGCAGCCCGAGAGAGCCUGGAACAGAGUCCUCGACGCUGCCGUUCCCAGACCCGGGGCGGGCCGGGGCGGUGAUCCCGGCGCCGGAGGACUGCUCCCCCGGGCUGCAGCUGUACUGGGCGGCGGGCGCGCGGAGCCUGCCCAACAUGGCCGACGCCCUGGCGCACGGCGCCGAGGUCAACUGGGCCAACAGCCUCGAGGACGGCCGGACACCGCUGAUGAUGGCUGUGCAGGGGGGUUGCCUGGUGACCUGUGAGUUCCUGCUGCAGAAUGGUGCGAGUGUGAACCAGCAGGACUCUGGCGGGCGCGGCCCCCUGCACCACGCCACCCUCUUAGGCCACACGGGACAGGUGUGUUUGUUCCUGAAGAGAGGGGCCAGUCAGAACGCCGUGGACACGCAGGGGCGGAGUCCCCUGUCCAUCGCCGUGGAAGCAGCCAAUGCCGACAUCGUCACCCUGCUGCGUCUGGCGAAGAUGAACGAGGAGAUGAGGGAGUCUGAGGGCCCGUACGGACAGACAGGGGACGAGACCUACCAGGACAUUUUCCGUGAUUUUUCCCAAAUGGCAUCGAACGAUCCGGGCAGGCUGAACCGGUUCCAGCCGCACGACGCUCCAAAGCUCUGAGAGGGGGGCCGGGGCCGGGGCCGGGGGCCGGACUGAGUCCAGAACCGGACUCCGGGGCCCGGGCAGGUGCUGCACUGCCCCCCUGGAGGGGCAGCUGGAGAAGGAGGCUGGGGCAGUUACCUCCGUCCCACUCAGACUCUGCCCCAACAACCUCAACUUCUCCAAACCGGACACAAAGUUUAAAUUUUUUUUAAAUGACAUUUUCUUUUUGUUUAUUUUUUUUUUCUUUUAGUAAAUUAUUCUUGAUUUGAUUUUAAUGGUCAACAAAAUGAAGAGCCUCCUUAGUGUGUAUUUCUCCUUAAUGGGGGGAACAUGUAAAUGAGUUUUAAAUUAAAAACUGUUAAAUGUCUCAACUGAGGAAUGGAAAGACUGAAGAUGUUUGAAAUCCCGGUGUUUACCCCGGUCGCGUGUGUGCAGGCGUGUAGGUCCUGGUAAACACGACUCGUGUUUUAACAACUGCUGUGUAUUUGACAUUCUGAAAGAUCAAAGGCGCCUUGGUUAACUGUUCGCUUUAUAAAGUUUACAUCGAUUUGGCCAAUAGGCUUCUUAACUGGCCCCGUGAAUUUAUAUCUUGAUAACAUUUCCUGGAACACAAGACCGGGAGUUUGUAACGUCCGUAAUUGAUCACCCGUGUGUUUAAACUUCUGUAGACUUGUGUUCCAGAGAGAAUGCUCUUUCCAGGAGAGGUCUAGUGUGGAAUUCAGAACCAGAAGGAAAUCGAAUAUAGUCAGCCACGCAGCAAAGAUGCACAAAUGUAAAAAAAAAAAAAAAAAAAGCUUACGACAAGAGGUCGUAAUACAGAGCAAAGUAAUUCAUAUUUUAUUUUCUAUACUAGAAUCAUAAUACUCACAUGAUUAUUAUUUUUUUAUAUAUCCUUCGCAGUCUCUGUGUAUGUGCAUUUAUAUGUACGUGUACUGUACUGUAGCUAUACUGUAAUCCAGUGAUCUGUAAGCUUCGAAUUUGGCCAUUUUCAGAUUCUAAAACGGAAGGUACUGGACUUGGAGUAUUUUGGCUGAAAAGUGUGUUCAUCUUCUUUGGCAGUGGUAAACUUCACAUCAGUGUUAGAUCUUCCUUUGUCUGUUUGCAGUGUGUGGUCCGCUGGGGUGUAGCUUUGACCCCAAAAAAACUGCUACAGAACAAUCGUGUGCUCAGACAUUACCGAGCCCUCUUCUUGGGGAGGCUUUGUGGCUUGCCAACUGUUUUUAAACUGAUAAGAUUAAGAAAAUGGUGUAAUUGCUGAGUAGUUCAUGUGAAUGCUCAACCCCAGUGCACUAUGCAUUCCCCGUCUGUAAAACAUGGUCUAAUUUAGCUUCUAAGUUUUCUUCGCAAGCAGCAAUAGGUUUUCUUUGGCUUGCUUCUUUUUCGUCAUUAUUUUUAUCAACGCGGGAAGGUCAUAAACCUGUGGCCAUUUCCUACUGAGUGAUGAGAUUUAAAUGUUUCUCCUUUUCUAAAGGCUGUCUAAAAUGAGUCUACAUUACAUCAGCGACGAAUUAGCUUUAUUUUCUCCUGGAAUGAGUCUUUAAAUGUCCGAGCCUGAAGACGCCGCGCUUAUUUAAGUGUAUCGUUGACAUGUCUUGGCUCGUGCGGCAGACGAUAGGAGACGGUGUGCUGGCUUUGUUUUAGUAUUGUUUUAACAGCGGAGCGAUAAUGGGGCUCCUUGUGGAAACCUCUUCUGUGUGUUUAAUUUAAAGCGCGGCCCGGCCGUUAUCUCCUCCCCGGUGGUCUUGGCCGCUCUUUAAUUAAGCCGCAGACCGGGGCCGGGGUGGGGGCUCCCAGGGGGUUCUGGGAUGCGGGAGGUCUUCCCACCUGCGCCACUCCCGGGUGAGUAAGAGACUGCGCGCAGGUUCAGGUGCGUUCAUUUGUUAAACGGACUCCGCUAAUGAGCACCCGCCCUCUCCUCCUCCUCCUCCUCUUCCUCCUCUGCCGGGGAGGAAGCUUCACUACUUACGUCAUCGGUCUUUGGCGAUUACUCGUUCAAUGAAGUCAACCACGGCUGUUGUGCUGGAAUAUGGACUUGUAAUGAGAAUGGUUUCCUGGUCCAUUGAAUGUCUUCGGAAUGUGUCCGGAAGAGCUCACUCUUAUACUGGAUGUAAUUUGUGUAUAUAAUGUACAUAAUAUACGAAUAUAUGCUUCUUUAAAUAAAGAAUUGUGGUACUGGAGUCAUUAAAAUCAGAUUUUUGGAGUGAAUUCUGUGACCUUUUUUUGU